CUUUCACAUUGUGUAUGUAAGAACAGCUCGACGCCGUAAGCAAAGUGUUGAAUCCAGAAGAGCUGAGGGGCAUCGGUGUUCAUUGUUCAAGUUUGCAUGCAGCAGUUACGUAGAAGAAACUGGAGGCUAUAGGUGUCGUGCAGGAUAUCGCUUAUUUGACAGUUCCGCUCUUGUCGGUUACGAAAUGCAAGUACAAAAGUUUUAGGAUUCGCGUGAGCAUAACAAUGAGAAAAUAAAUAGUAAAAAAAAAAAAAAAGUCGGCCAACUAGCCACACAUUCUCCCCUCAUCCUGUACGCGUAUUAUUACUGUUAGUCAUUUGGACGGCAGCUUUCUGCUUUUUUCUAUUCAGAGUGUAUAGUAGUUCAGUGACUGUGUUCUGGUUAUGUUGUGCAUAAUGUGGUCAGCGAAUUCUUCGAGUGCGACGUGCUGCUCCUUUCUUAUUCUAGUGCUCAUUACAGCCAAUUGCAAUGGCCAAGAUAAUCAUACGUUGCCCAGCACGGAAACUAGCCCAUGGCUACUGGUCGCUGAUCCGCCAAAGCUCGAACGGAUCACCGAAAUGUCUCCGUAUACUAUCAAUUUAACCUUGACGUAUAAUGGAGAACAUGGCGAUUCACCUCCAAAAUACGCCACAUCACCUCAAGCUUUCAGGUUCGUCGUCAAAGUCUCAAUGUCCAACCAUCAGACAGUGGCAUUCCGUAACAACCAGGAAAUCGAGUUCGAAUGGCAUGACAUUGCGGAUGCUAAUAAUAACGGCAGCAAAAACCUCGAAAUCACUGGACAAGUGAUUGGCUAUGUCAGUCUCAACUUUAUCCUGGACAUCUUACCAGCCGUGGCCCACCAAAGGAAUGAUUCAAUCGCUUUCGAAUCGAUUCCCGUUCUCUCUGGCUAUUUAGUGACUGUGGUACGAGCCAGUGAUACGCUGGAUACCGUUUUCACCAUAAUCAUGGUUAUAAUGGCGGCGCUCAACUUGAUAAACAUGGGAUGCGCGCUUGACAUGGCCAUCGUGAAGCAAAACAUUAUUCGUCCGGUUGGAGUAAUAGUUGGAUUCGUUUCCCAGUUUACCUUUAUGCCGCUGGUUUCAUUUGGUGUUGCAAGGCUGCUAAUACCGGACUCUCUCAUGGGUUUCGGACUGCUGGUGAUUGGAGUUUGCCCAGGUGGUAUAGCCUCUAAUUUCUGGACAUUGCUUCUAGAUGGUGACGUCAAUCUCAGCAUCACCAUGACGUUUGUUUCAUCCCUCGCCGCCAUGGGAAUGAUGCCAUUAUGGUUGUGGUUGCUGUCUGGAUUUUUUUUACCGGAAGGCUCGUCCGUUCAAGUGCCUUAUGUUAACAUGGCCAUUUCUUUAAUCCUGUUGACAUUCCCAUUGGGAAUCGGACUUUUAAUUCGUCGCUUCAAAUUGUCUCUUGCCGAAUUUCUUACCGGCAAAAUUCUCAAGAAAUUCUCAGUCUUCUUCAUCAUUUUCAUCUUUGGAUUGGGCUUUUACAGUAUGUCGCACAUUUUCAUUCUUAUGGACUGGAUCUUACUGACAGCAGGGCUGGCAGUAACAGUGUCAGGUUUCUUAUUUGGCGCACUGUUUGCUUGGAUUACGCGCCUUGGUCGUCCACAAAUUAUCGCCGUUUCUUUAGAAACCGCCAUGCAAAAUGCCAACAUUGCCUUCGUUUUACUCAAGACAACCCUUCCGACUCCAUACAGUGAUAUUGCUGCUCUGCCAGCCAUUGCCCAGAUCAUCAUGACGACUUCCAUUUUGUUUAUUUUCUUAGGUAUUAACUUUUUCCAUAAGUGCUCCCAGAAAAAGUGUAUGGAAAAAGAGAAAGUCAAAGAGGAAAUAGAAACAAUAAGUUCCAGUGGGUAUCGUAACAAAGGAUAUUGUGCUGACGAUGUCACUACAGUCGUCAAUCCACUUUAAUGUAUCCAUUUUUAAUUGUAAAUAAAAAUAACCAAAACCUGUACUGAACGUAUUCGCCACACUGCGAUCCUAGUACACAAUACACUGAUGCCACAUC